AUGGCGCCGUUCGACCGCGACAAGACACUGGACCAGCCUUCCUCCCGCAAGCUCCAUAACUCGACCGAUAGCGAGCAAAUUAAAGUCGUUAUGCAAGCCCAGACUAUCAACGAGACUUCAUUCCUAACGCUCCCUGGCGAGCUUCGCAAUUGCAUUUACGAGGAAGUCAUUGAAGGGCUCGGCGUCAACCCAAAUACGGGGACCCUGGUUCUCCCGUGUCGCGGCUACGGUUGCAAAGGCUUAAAUUUCGUGUGGAUGAAAGAGAUUGUGUCGUCCUGUCGCCUGGGCCAGGUAUCGCGCACCGUCAGAAAGGAGUUUUUGUCCAUGCUGUGGCGUCGCUUCAACUUCUACUACUACGCAUCCAAACACCGUAAAUGCCUUGAGGUGCCCGGCAAGAUUGGAGAUCUCCAGCCUGUCGCUCCCAUGCUCCGCGGGCAUGUGAAGAGGCUUUUUUUCGUCAUCGACUCUGAAGAGGUUGUGAGCAGGUUUUCCAUCUUGGCCAACAUCUUGUUUGCCUUAGAAUUCAAGGGCAGACUUGUCAUUUAUGGAGAUAAAAGCUAUGUAAUCGCUUUUGAGGAGGCUUUGGAGCUCAUCAAGUCUGGAUCAAAUGAUCAGGAUACUAUGGCUAUCAUCAAGUCCGUCGACGAGCACAUCGAUCUCCGUGAGUGGAUCAACCGUGAGUGGAAGAACCGCCCCGGUAAUCAUCAUGUCUCUUCCGAGCAAACCCCGCCCCCCAUUCCAACCCCGAUCUCCCUCAUCCACCGCUCCUUCGCCUCCGCCCAGGCCUACACUUACACUCGCCUCUCCCUCGCCGAGAUGCAGCGCCUCCCGGCCGACUCCGUUGCAGCGUACGCCCAUGCCUUGCAGCGCGCUCUGGACAUCACCUCGCAGGGGUUCAACGAGCAAAUCAGGGGUCAGGAAACCGCCCACGGGGUCGCCGAAGAGGUGCGUAAGGUCAGCGACGCGGUAUACGCGCUCCUAGACGUACCCGCCCGGGCUCUAGAGCGAGAAGUAGAGCGGGUAGCAGAGAUGGCAUACGACGUGUCGAGAGACCUGGACAGCCCGGUAUUGGCAGAGCUCGAGCGGGCCGAGGUAAAGGGGCGGCUGGAGUUCAGGGCGAAGUACGGUCUCCCGUUGCUCAGGACUUCUUCGGUCUUUGAGCCGCUCGGGCGGUGGCAUGAUGAGCGUGAAGUGCGGUGGAUGCGGUCUAACGUGUGCACGAGCAUUCUGGGGCAGCUGGAGUGGUGGCCCGAGUUCCGAAACAAGACGCAGACUGGCCGGUGGAGGUUUCACGGGAGCCCGUGCUCCAGAAGGCAUCUCCUCGAGAUGCUGGGGCUGGAGAAUUUCCGAGGAGCUCAGUGGGUGCCGGCUCCGUUUCGGCAGAUGGACGAUCCAGAUGACGAUCUAGAUGAUGAUCUAGACGAUGAUCUAAACAACGAUACAAGAUCGUGGAGGUGCAAGAACUUACCGUUGGCAAAAUGGAAGGAGACUAUGGGGGAUCUCGAGAAAGAGGUGAGUUGGACAGACAAUGCCCCCCUUCUCUUUCUGUAA